CUGUUUGAAUGUUGAAUACAAUGGAAGUUCUACUCACCAUACUAUUGGUUUAUUUUAUGACCUUGGGCUUUACACUUGGUGAAGAUAAAACAGAGGCUCAAGACGUUGAGGACAUACUGGCUGUAGACAGUCAACCCGCCCAUGGCGUACCCCCAGGCCCACAUUUUGACAAACACGUAUGCUGCUAUGACCAAUAUUUUACUGAACGGAAAAUGCAAUAUAAUGAAUCGUUGUUUAGAAACAGUGAGUUCUACAAAACUGCUUUUUGGCCAGAUGGAAUAAUUUGGUAUGACAUGGAUCCUCACAUGGACCCACGUCUCAGAACCCAAGUAUCUCGUGGGAUCGAGUACUUCAACAACAACUUGGGCAACCACAAAUGUAUAAGGUGGGAGCAGAGACUACCGGACGGCACACAUGACCACAUACACCACUGGGUAACCUUCGUACAGACCAACUUUGAUGUAAAGUAUCUCUAUGCGAACCUUGGCUACGACUUUGAAAAAGUCAACAACACACACGUUUACCUCAGCUACAAAUAUAUGAUUAACAAUCUUUCUUCCGUGGGAGAUAAGUGGUUUUUGUCAAGAGUUCUGCAUGUGAUGAUGAACGUUAUGGGCUUCAACCAUGAGUUUGUCAGGAGAGAUCGAGACUGCUCAGUGUUUGUGUCUGAUUACAUCAUACAUGGAGAACCGCAUAUUUAUCAAGUUCGUACAGAAGAUUACUUUUAUUCUACAGGGUUUCCCUACGACCUUGAAAGUGUAUUGCAUUAUCCAAUAAUACCCAAGGACUUCUACCCACAUGAUACAAAAAUUAAAACGCUGGGAAGGAAUGAUGGAGGGAUUUCCACGACGGAUUGGGAAAAAAUUCGGUAUGUCUACUGCAAGAAAGACGUCCCUUUUUGUUCCAAAUUUAAUCAUAAAUGUGACGACAUAUACAACUCAUACCUGACCAAUCCAAACUGCUUCAAAGAAGGGCCAAACUAUGGGAGAAAACGUCUUACAUGUCGGUGGAUACCAAAGAAGGAAUGCCAACUUAAAUUUGAUUUUAAUUAAACUGCCUUUACUUAUUCAAAUUCCACCCUCAUAAUUUUAUUUUGUAUACUUGUAAUCUUCUGUUUGGGGAGCUGGUCAUGGUAAGUAGUAGGAUUGUGGUUUCUCUUUGUGAGACAAUGGGGUUUCUAUAUAAUAGAAAUAUAGUAUUGUGUGUACAUUGCA